GUCACCUUGUUCCCCCCCCACCUUCCAUCUCAGGCUCAAAGGCGGUGUCAAAAGGCAUGACCAUGUUUAUAUCAAUCUAGCAAUUGCCUCUUUAUAAUCUUCAACGAUAAUCAGCCAUGGAAUCGCCACCACCAUACGAAGCUCAGGGCGGGCCAUCAACAACGCCCGCUGCGAGCAACAAUUAUGUCGCAGUGCCCACUGACGCCGAUCGCAGCGCAUUCAUUAGCUCUGGAUCAGGUCUCCACGUCCGUUCCUCUUUGACGACUUAUGGGGAUGUCAAUGCCUGGAUUGAUGUCCAGGAGAAUCUCGGCGAUCUGCCUGCUGCUGUUGCUCCAAGAGUCAAGGAAUAUGCGUUGGAUCCACAAGGAGCUGUGCCAUCAUUCAACAUUGUGAUGUUUGCAAUCGGCGAUGAAGAUGAUCUUCGCCAAUUCAUAUCUCUUGCCAUUGAACUCAUCGUCUCACAUUCUCAUCGAAUCCGCAUUGUUACAUCGGAAUUUUAUGAAGACCUAAUUACUCAAGCUAAGAAUAAUCUGUCAGGGAGGACAGGUAAAGAUGGCCGAGUUGGGCUGCAUGACAAGCUGGAAAUGUAUCCUCUCUCCGCACCAGCAGAUGCGAACCUGUCUACUUGGACAAAGGACCAGAGAACUAUGGAACUCACAUUAAUAUCACUAUAUCGCUCGACCUUCAGCCCCUCUGCUGUACCUACAAAUCCACAUUUUGCCGCUGAUCUAAUCAUUUCGGCGCCCAAUGUUCCCUGCCACGUAUCCAUCGCUGAGCUUCUUGGUCUUCCUCUACAUAUCCUUUCGACCAACCCUUGUUCACCCACUAUCACUCUUCCACAUCCCGGAACCAUCAUCCAACGAUCCAACACCAACGCCUCACUUACUAAUUAUCUCAGCUAUCCCAUCUAUGAGAAUCAGGUUUGGCAUUCGCUUGGAAGAGUCAUCAACGAGUUUCGAGUUGCCAGCCUUGGUCUACCAACCCUCACCAAGAUGGAGGGGCCAGGUGUUCUGGAUAGACUGAAAGUACCUUUCACCUAUUGCUGGAGUCCCUCUCUUUUGAAAAAACCAGAAGAUUGGAGAGAACAUAUUGACGUGACUGGCUUCAUAUUUGAUCACCGGGAGCAGAUAGAUUUCCACCCCUCUGACGACCUUUUGUACUUCCUCAAAAACGGAAAGGAACCUGUAUAUGUCAAGCUUGACCUAUCAAAUUCAGACUCCACGAAUAUCAUAAACUCCUUCAUCACGGCUUUCUUGAAGUCCAAUAAUAGGGCCAUUGUGGAUAUCAAAGGCAUACAGAUGAAGAAUGGUGAAAAUCCCGAUAUCUUCAUCGUGUCUGAGGUGGCACCCGUUCCAUACCAGUGGCUUUUGUCAGAGAGGAGGAUAUCAGCAAUCUGUCACGCCGAUAGCGCUUCGCUCAACCUGGCUGCUAUGAGAGCUGGAAUACCAGCCAUCAUCGUGGCAAUUGAACGUCCUUUAAGCUUCUGGGGCAGACAGAUCCAUCAAGUGGGCAUUGCUGCUUUCAUCUCGUCAGACGUCCUUAGCUGUGAAGAGAUCACCUCUGCUUUGGAAGAGGCGUUAUCUCCGAGAGUUCAAUCUGCCGCCAGAGAGUAUGGAUCACAAUUGUCUACUGAGGACGGUACAAAGGGGGCUGCGGAGACCAUCCAUAAGCACCUUCCCUUGCUUAGCAUGAGAUGCGAUAUCAUUCCUUCUAGAGCUGCUAUUUGGUAUUCCCCUGAGUACAACCUUCAUCUUUCGGGGAUUGCUGCUGGAGUGUUGGUCGAUGAGGGGAAGUUGUCUUUCAAAACGCUUGAACCGAAUCGAUCAAAGGAAUACCCAGUGAAUAUUGCCGACUCGGAUCCUAUCAUUGGAGGUACCCAAGCGUUCUUCCUUGCUUUGACUGCAUCUGUGUUGAAUGUGUUGCACAUGUUCAACCAACCGGUUCCUCAGAGAGAAGUCGACAUCUCAGCACAGCAGCCAGUCAUCAUUUCCCAAGUCCGAAACCCUUCGGGCGGUUGGACGUGGUCAUACGAACAAGCUACACGCCAGAGAGUUCCCAUUACCGACUUUAAGUCAGGGAUGAAGGAAGCAAGGGAUGAACUUACCACUGGUGUAAAGGAUGGUAUGAAAGCGCUAGUCAUGGAGCCUCUGUAUGGAUUCAAGGAGGGAGGUCCAGUUGGUGGGGUCUUUGGACUCGUGAGAGGCGGUGUGUCUCUCGUUACACGACCUUUGGGUAGUGGUAUAUCGGCAGUUCGAUAUGGUGCGCAAGGCGCAAUACGCGAGGUAGACGGCCGAGCCACAAAACUCUUCACUCUCGAUUACUCUUCCCCAGCCGAAUCACUCCGACCUUCACGAAAAGCAGCUAGUAUCGAAGAACUCAGGAAGAUAACCCAAGAAGACCGAAAGCGGAUUUUGGAAGAAUUCAAGCAUGCGAAAUCUGACGAAGCGACAGAAUCGAGAAAGGUAAAGGAGGAGGCUAUAUCGCUAGGGAAAAUGCCGGAGCGUGCAAGGGGUGGCAUUGAACUUGGCAGAUAUACUUCGCCUUUGAGUAAUGAAGCUGACAAGUCGAGUAAAAAGUGGUGGAAGGGAAAGGGAAAGGGCAAAGAAAGGGCAUCUGAGACGACUUUGGGGCCCCAGCAACCGCUUCAGUCAAGCUCUGGCUUGACAUCUCCGAGUUCGUCCUCGCACACAGACGAGAAGCUUUGGCCCAGCGAAAGGAAAUAAGGUAUAAAUAAUCUAAAUAAUCUUUGUACUGUAUAUCAUUAGCAAAUACACGGCAAAAUGGGAGAGCCACUGAAACUUAUUUAUUGUUCUUGAUGGAAAAUAUGUGUAGGUUCGGAAGAAAGCAUACGUAACCAUAUAAAAUCCAACAUUCGAGCAAAAAAAUAGUAUCAUAAGGGAUUCAUAAGUCAAUCUAUAUAAUUUUAGGAUGCAUAAGAAGCAAGCA